CUUGUUGCUUACCCUUUCUUCAAACGACAUCGUUGCUUGCUUAGCCCGGCACCCUUCGCUAAAUUUGACAGCCUCUCUGCUGUGCUGAAUUCUUGCAGUUCGGCAAUGGAUGGCACCAAAAGAACAGGCUACGUGUGGGCAAUAUCUGCUGGAUUAAAUGCUGCUUUUGCUGCCAUUGCUGCAAAAUUCUUUUCAUAUCAGGCGAUUAAAUAUGGUUUGGUUGUGUUAUUUAAUGUGACAAUGUGGGGAUGUUACGUUAACAGCCUCAAAGCUCUUUCAUCCCUGCAAGCCACGGUGACAAACUUUGCUGCGAAUUUCCUGUCUUCUGGUUUUGCUGGAUUCUUUUUGUUCAAGGAGACGCUUUCAGUUCAGUGGUUCGCAGGAGCCUUGCUCAUUGUAAUUGGUGUGGUCAUACUCAGCAAGUCAAGUAUAGAACGCAAGGAAAGCAUUGAUCAGAAGCUUGACUAGGGGUUAUGCAUGUCUGGAUUCUUUUGAUUCACUUUGUCUAAAUAUUUCGAUCGGUAUUGAGAUGGUUUUGUUCUCAUUUAUGAAAAUUAUCAGUGUAUCUCUGCGAGUUUGAAGGACAUUGUGGCUGUUGUGUGUAAAUCCAAUGCAGUCUGCUAAUGGCGCAAUCUUUCAUAAGCU